CCUCAUCUCCCCCACCUCCUGCUUCCUUCCCUCAUUUACUCCUUCCUUCUCAUCAUCCAAUUUGCACAUUGCUUGAUCCCCCCCUUCUAUUUGUGUCCUAUAUCAGCAUCUGCUCAUAACACUUUCCUCCUCCAACGUAUCGCUCUCUCUUUCUUCGCCUACUGGCUCAGCUCGGCUUCCGCUGCAUUGGCUGACCCAGGCGGACUUUUGCUGGCGAGCGUGGGCGAAAAAAAAAAAAAAAAGAAGCGUAGCCCAUGCGAGCAGCGUGAGGGCCGAGUGCUGCUGUUUCCUUCAAAGCUGAGCCCCCAACAUGUGAGAAGAUGUCUGUUGGAGGUUGCGCUUGUCCCGGCUGUUCGUCAAAGUCAUUCAAGCUGUACUCUCCCAAGGAACCCCCCAACGGCGGCAGCUUUCCCCCUUUCCACCCAGGCGCUAUGCUGGACCGAGAUGUGGGGCCUACACCCAUGUAUCCCCCAUCAUAUAUGGAACCAGGAAUUGGCUUUAACUUCAUUCUGAGUGUUGAAUUUCCCAUUUCCUGCUCCAGGAGACCCACACCGUAUGGAAACCAGACAGACUAUCGUAUGUAUGAGCUGAACAAAAGGCUACAGAAUUGGACAGAGGAUUGUGACAAUUUGUGGUGGGAUGCCUUCACCACAGAGUUCUUUGAGGACGACGCAAUGCUCACAAUAACGUUCUGCCUUGAAGAUGGACCCAAACGAUACACCAUCGGUAGGACGUUGAUUCCCAGAUAUUUUCGGAGCAUCUUCGAGGGGGGUGCCACAGAGCUCUUCUACAACUUGAAGCAUCCAAAGGAGUCCUUCCACAGUAACUUUGUAUCUCUUGACUGUGACCAGUGCACCAUGGUGACCCAGAACGGCAAACCCAUGUUCACACAGGUUUGUGUGGAGGGCCGUCUGUACCUGGAGUUUAUGUUUGAUGACAUGAUGAGGAUCAAGACGUGGCACUUCAGCAUCAGACAACACAGAGAGGUCCUCCCCAGGAGCAUCCUGGCCAUGCAUGAUCCUCAGAUGCUGGAUCAACUGGCUAAAAAUAUCACCAGAUGUGGGCUCUCCAACUCCACACUCAACUACCUCCGUCUAUGUGUGAUAUUGGAGCCCAUGCAAGAACUGAUGUCAAGACAUAAGACCUACAGUUUGAGCCCCCGAGACUGCCUGAAGACUUGCCUCUUCCAAAAGUGGCAGAGGAUGGUAGCACCACCAGGUAAAAAACAAAACACAACAAAAAUACUCCACUUUUUUUCUUUAACCAAAAGCGUAGUAGAACUCUUUAAGUUCAUGGUCUCCCCUCCAUGUGCACUUGUAGCCGAGCCGGCUAGACAAGCGCCCAACAAGCGGCGGAAAAGGAAGGUGUCUGGCGGCAGCACGGUGAGCUCCGGCGGGGGCGGCAAUAACAACAGCAACAGCAAAAAGAAGAGUCCAGCCAACAGCUUCUCCCUGUCCAACCAGGACGUGAUGAUGGUGGGAGAACCCACCCUGAUGGGAGGGGAGUUUGGUGACGAGGACGAGCGUCUGAUCACGCGACUGGAGAACACCCAGGUGGACGGGGCCAACGGCCUGGAGGAUGAGGACAGUUUCAGCAGCUCACCAGCGUUGGGGUCACACUCACCCUGGAACAGCAAGCCCCCCUCCAGUCAGGAGAGCAAGAAUGACAACUCUCAGUAGUCCCCCCAACAGGCUCUUAUUCGAGACAGGAGUUUGCAGGGAAGGCAGUUGUUUUGUUCAUUCAAAGAUGACAGCUGCGUGACUGAAGAGGGAGGGGUGUUCUUUCGUGGAUGAGACCAGGGUGGGCAAAGUAUGGCUUGGGCCACAUUUGGCCCUUUGCAGCCUUUAAUCCGGCCCGCCAAGCAAGAAUAUGACCAUUUUUUUACCCCCAAAAAGUAAAAUGCAUUUAUUUUUGUAAUUAAUUUAUCUCAUUAAAAAAUUUCUAUUUUUUGGUAAAUAAUAAAAACAAAACUGUUUGUAAAAUAAACCAUCUAUUUAUUUAAUUUAAUCAAAAUUACUUUAAUGAUCCAUUCAUCCAUUCUAUGCCACUUAUCCUUUCUUGACGGUCACAGGUUAACCGGAUCCUAUCCCAGCUGACUUGGGGCAAAAUUCGCACUACACCCAGGACCGGUCGCCCGCAGUCAGUCGCAGAGCACAUAUAGAGAUGGACAACCAUUGACACUCACAUUCACACCGUCACUGAGUGGGAACUCAACCCACCCUGUCUGCACCGACGUCAGGCGAAAGUAGUGGUACUUUCCCCACCCGUGAUGUGACUGAUAGUUAAUCAAUUAUAAAUCAUAAAAUAUAAAUUAAUAAAAUACAUUUUACAUACAAAAUAUUAGUCUAAUAAACAACUUUAUUUUAUUAAAUGAUUGGUUAAGUAGUGAUAAUUAAAUUUAUUAUAAACUAGACGUGCACCAAUUAAUCAACUAUUUUGGUAAUCGAUUAAUCGUUUGGAGACAACUUAAAAUUGUCUAAAUCCUUGGAGUUUCAGGCUCACAAAAGUAAAUAUUUUCAGAUUUCUGUCGUCUUUCAUUGAAGCAGAGUGAUUAUCUUUGUGUUUAAUCAAAAUAAGACUUUUGCAAACGUCCGCUUUUACUUUGGACAACAAUGACAACAUUUUUGCCCAUUUUCUUGACAUUUUACGGACAAACUCAGUAACUGAAUCAUAAGUAAUUAUGUUUGCAUUUUUUUUGCACUGUUAAUUUGAAAAGAUGUCCUACUUUUGAAUAAAGGGAUGGAAAUGAAAAAAUAUUUUUGUUUUAUCUGAUUAAUUGAAACCAUAAUCGACAAAUGAGCUAUUAAAAUAAUCAUUAGUUUUAGCACCACUAUAAACAAUAACAAUAUUUUAUUAUUAUAAUAAUCGUUUUACAUAAAACACAAAUAUUGUAUUAACCAUUUCAUUUUCAUGAAAUGGUUAAUGGAGCUUCAUUAAUUUACAUUUUAAAAUUAGCAUGAAUUACAAUUUUAUUCAAAUAAGCUACAUGAAUAUGAGCUGAAUAAAGAAUUUAGCAUUUUUAAUUUAAAUACAAUAAUCAAACAGUAUUUUAAAGUGAACUAUUUUAUUAAAAUCAAUUAUUUUAAAUACACAACGUUUUUUCUUUUUUUUAUUUAAACGACCUGGCCCAUGUCCUGUCUUGAAACUCAAACGUGGCCCUUGAGUAUGAAGUUUGCCCACCCCUGGACAACUGCAGACAGUCACAUGCUGCCUCACAUUGCACAUGCUCAGUGGUGCUCAAGCCCAGCCCUCGUCUGCUCAGGUGCACCCGGUAGCGGGCGCGUGUGUUUAGUGUGUGUGCGCCCACUGUGGCGUUUCAGCCACAGUCGCCCCGUAGUCCCGAGCGCUCGUCAUGACCGCCGUGUUCCGUGGGUUCUUGUUCCAACCUCGGGUCUCUGGGGCGUGUCCUCCUCGACAGCGGCCCCCUUCACUGCUUCUGUUGUGCUCAUGUCACAGGAAAAAUAAAUGUCCUUUUUUUUUUGUUUGUUUGUGUUGCAGGCUGCAGAAAAAGUGUGUGCAUUCUUUUAAGUAUCAAAAUUCCUCAUCCGCUUCAUAAAACUCAAUUAUUUGUUU